UUAAGAUUGUAACCUUCCAUAUAGGAUUGUUUUUGAGGGAAGCCUGCAGGGGAGGUGUGCUCUGAACAAUCAGUGUGCUGUUCACCACGAGGAUUUGGCAUGUGAUACUGCCAGCAAGACCAAAUCCCAUGUUUUACUCAGCCAUUCCUCCGCAGCCCCCUUUAGCAACAACCAGUAACAUAUCCUUGCAGCCUGGGGUAAUGACAGGGGAAAAGGGAAGGAGAUCAAGCUGGGGCCUGGGGCAGGUGGGGUGUGUCAGGUGACUGGAGGUCUAUGUGCGAGUGCGAUUGUGAGUGUGUGUGACUGUGUGGGCACCGGAGAGUGGAGGGGUGCCAGGAGCGAGAGCAGGGGAGCGGAGCUCUGUGUGGGACACCUGAGAGUCAGAGGCCCGGAGGGGUCGGGGAGGGAUGUCAAACUCGGACCGACAUCAGUGUGGCCAGCAGCAGGCCAGAACUGCCUCCUGGGAGAGAAGUUUGCAAAGGAGAAAAGAGCUCGGCGGACACAUCUCUGAACCGCCAACACCGAAGGGUCAGAAGAGAAGAAGGGUCAGAAGGCUUGGUUACCCACCUCACCUGCAAGAUGGGGCAAUUGAAUGUGACACCUAGGAUGGAGAGGAUUCAAUGGACUAUGAGGGGGAUCGGAACGAGGCAGGCGAACGGCAUGGGCAUGGGAAAGCCAGGCUGCCCAACGGGGACACCUACGAAGGGAGCUACGAAUUCGGGAAGAGACAUGGCCAGGGGGUCUACAGAUUUAAAAAUGGUGCUCGAUACACCGGAGAAUAUGUUAGAAAUAAAAAGCAUGGUCAAGGCAUUUUUAUAUAUCCAGAUGGAUCAAGAUACGAAGGGGAGUGGGCGGAUGACCAUAAGCACGGCCACGGCGUGUACUACUACGUCAACAACGACACCUACACCGGAGAGUGGUUUGCUCACCAAAGGCACGGGCAAGGCACCUACUUCUAUGCAGAGACGGGCAGCAAGUACGUGGGCACCUGGGUGAACGGGCAGCAGGAGGGAGCGGCCGAGCUCAUUCACCUGAACCACAGGUACCAGGGCAAGUUCUUCAACAAAAAUCCUGUUGGCCCUGGGAAGUAUGUAUUUGAUAUCGGAUGUGAACAGCAUGGUGAAUAUCGCUUAACAGACGUGGAAAGAGGAGAAGAGGAAGAGGAGGAGGAGACAUUAGUAACUGUCAUUCCAAAGUGGAAAGCUACCAAAAUCACGGAACUGGCCCUGUGGACGCCGACCCUGCCCGAGGAGCCGCCCCCCACGGAAGCGCCUGUCCGGGAGGAGGCCCCCAAACCUGAAGGCACAGUAGAACCCGGGGAUGAAGCCCCGGCUCCGGUGGAAGCCGUCGAGGGAGAGAUGGACAUGAGGUUCGGGGAGGAAGAUGCAGACAUGCUCCGGGACGAGAGCCGGGAGCACAGCCGAGACGAGUUCCGCUACGACGCGGAGCAGGGAAAUGUGAAUUUUGAUGAAGACGAUGCUAGACAGUCGGAUGCACCAGAGUGAGCUGAGGCCGAAAGAGCAGGAGGUGGCUCCAUGCACGCGCUGCGGUGAGCUGGACAGUUCACAGUCCUCAUCACACACGCCAGUCUUUCUCCCCUAGUAGUUUAAGCUGGUUUACAGUUGCAAAUAGAUCUCUUUAUUGCUUCUGAAA